AUGAUCUAUUCAGCUCUCCUCCCUCUGGCCGCCACCUUGGUCACUGGAGCUUCGCUCCCUCAAGCCAAGGACUGUCAGGCUAAGAGCUAUCCAGGCCCCGAGAACCCAGGUUUCGAGACUGGUGAUCUCAAAGGCUGGAAGGUCAUCAGUGGCACUGCGUUCGGCAAAGACUCCAUCUCCAGUGAGACCACCUACUGGGAUGGUCCUUUUCACCAAGAUGGCAAACGAUUUCUUCUCGGUACCAAACAAGCUGGCGAGGAAGCCGUGGGCGAACUCAAGUCCAGUACCUUCAAAGCUAGCUCUGUCCUGAGCUUUCUGAUCGGAGGAGGCUAUAAUCCUGACCACCUCUACGUUGCUCUUGUCCGCGACUCAGACGGAAAGCUCCUCCUCAAGCAGACAGCUACCAACGAUGAGGCUCUCAUCCGUAUCACCUGGGACACAAGCAAGUGGCAGGGCCAGAAGGUGCAUAUCCUCGUGCACGACAGCAGCACAUCAAAGUCCUGGGGCCACAUCAACAUUGAUGAUGUCCGCGUUGGCUGCCAUGCUCUUGGAGACGGCAAAGGCCUCUCCUUCAACAUCCUCGGCCAGGCAAACCAACGCCCUCAGAGCUACUCCGCUUGCUCCUCCUACGCUGCCGAUCCCAUCAGACCCCAGUACCACUACACGCCUUACCAGGGGUGGAUCAACGACCCGGCAGGUUUGGCUGAGUUCCAUGGGGCCCAUCACCUCUUCAGUCAGUACAACCCAGCGGCUCCCCUAUGGGGUCCGAUGCAUUGGGCACACGCCAAAAGCAAUGAUGCGGUUCACUGGAGAGAACAGCCUGUUGCUCUGUACCCUGCUCAAGUGACCAACGCGAGCGAUGACUCUGGUCGCUUUACGGGAAGCGGAGUUGUCGACAAGAAGACUAAUGAGCUGCGGCUUAUCCUGACUGAUUACAUCAACCUCGCUUAUCAUCCUGAUGCAGUCCAGGAGAGUGUUAUAAUGGCAACAAGCAAAGAUGGAAAGAAGUUUGACCUUGCCAAGGAGCCCAUCGUCCCGGGACCUCCUAAGGGAGAAGUCCCGUUCUUCCGAGACCCCAAGGUCUUCCAUGAUCCUACAGAUAACACGUGGAAGAUGGCUGUUGGCGCCACGAACGGCGAAAGCGGCCAAGUCCAGUUGUAUAAAUCUAAAGAUCUCGAUACCUGGUCUCACGUCGGCGUUCUAUACACUGGCGAUGGCAGCACUGGAAAGCUAUGGGAGUGCCCCAAUUUCUUCCCUCUGGAAGACAAAUGGGUUCUCUUCUAUGGCGGCAAUGGACUUGGCUACUACGAGACUGGCACGCACAACGGAAAAACGUUCAAGAGCGAGAAGCGCGGCCUUGUUGAUGCCGGACCCUCUAGCUAUGCCAUGCAGUGGUACCAGGACGAGGCAGGUCGUGAUCUAGCCAUUACCUGGAUGGCGAACUGGCCCAGCCCCAAAUGGCCAAGCCGUGUCAACGGGUGGGCUGGACAGCAGUCUAUCACCCGCGAGAUGUUUAUCCGCAAGGAUGGCGGGCUAGGCCAACGUCCUAUCCCAGAGCUUAAGACCCUUGCAUCUGGUCGCACUAAGAAGAUUGGGGCCACAAAGGUCACUCAGAAAGGCCUCCAUGUCGGUAGCUCCAACAGCGCCAGACUCACCAUUGACCUCGAUCUCGCUUCUUCGGAUGCGACAUCUUUCGCCCUCUCGCUCUUCAAGUCGGCUGGUGAAUCCGUGGUGCUGACAUUCGACAAGAAGGCUGGGAGUCUCACCCUUGACACCACAAAUGCUGGUUACGGGCAGGCGGGCAAGUGGGAGGCAUUGGUUGACGUUGCUGGUGGCAAAAAGUUCUCUCUAGAUAUCUUUCUCGAUAGGUCUGUGCUUGAGAUUUUCGCUAGCGAUGGGACGGUGUUUUCGGCUACUGUCUUUCCAAGGUAUCAAGAAUCGCAGGACAUUGACUUGGUCGCGAGCGGUGGUGCUUUGGCAGUAAAGUCAAUUGCUCUUACGCCACUAGGCUCAAGCUGGUGCUAA